ACAACCCUCCUUGGCAACAACUUAUUCCGGUAUUUAAGUGCCUUCAGUCGCAUCUGUUCUCUUUUGUGUUGCAAGGAAUCUCUGCCAGGAUGCGGAGUACGUACGCGAUUGCCUUUGUUGUGGCCCUUUGCGGUACAAACGUAGUUGUGUUUGCCAAACUCGGCUCACCGGGCGGGCCUAGGAAGUUGGCGUAUGACGUGCCGGAUGUCUUCGAGGUUUUCUCCAGCUUUCCGUACUCAGUGGCCAUAUCGGACUCGGACAACGACACCAUAUUCGAGUGCGUGGUCGCCAACAGGACGCAGAUUGAUCCGGAAUCACAGACAGCCACGUUUGUCUGGCACUUCAAGGAGACUGACCAUUCACCUGAGCAGGAAAUUCCAUUCCAUGGACGGCCUGGAUCGAGUCCGGGAAAGAUGGAGGUUACUGUCGGUGAUGACCCAACAGUCAUAGAGGGAGUCUUCUACUACUUCAGCAAGGACUGUAACGUGAUGGACCUCGACUACCAUGGGCACCAAUGCCUUCUCUGGACGAAGUGGAUAUUCAAGGAUUCCGUGCCGCAGCACUGCAUCGAUCACUUCGUGGACACGUGCGGCGUCGUGCCUCCAGCGCACAGCAGAGACCUCUGCCCUGACGGAGAAGGGGACUACUAGGUCUACGGGGGCGAUAUCAGGCAUCCGAGAUAAUAAAAGGGUUCUGGGAACCUUGGAGGC